AAACAGAAAGAAAAGAUGGUAAGAAAAUUAAGAAUGAUAGCAGCUGGGAAAUUUGCAAGUCUCCCAAGAAAUACGCAGAUGAGCCAUGAGUUCUCGCUGGCAUCUUCUAUGGACCUUUUGAGCAGCAAACCAUCUCUGGCAGACCAUCGCUCCCAUACCUGUCAAGAUGUUUCCAUUCAUGGCACCCUUCCAAGGAAGAAAAAAGGGACUAUUCCUGUUGGUCCCUGUGAUGUUUUUAGCCACAUGGGGACUUCACCGUACUCCAAAGCACAUCGACCCCAAGAACCUUUGAUGCAAGGUGUUACAGGGGAGUGUUUCCAGAAAAACCACAAGAGUGAGAACUUCCACCGCAGAGAUCAGAAUGCUAUGGACCCAGCUAUGGAGUAUGUAAAGUUUUCAAAGGAAAAGCAUGUUAUGGACAGGCUGGGUAUGGAGAGUUCUCCAGAAAAACUCAAGAAAGAGCUGGAAGAGGAGCUCCAGUUGAGCAGUGAAGAACUGCGCAGCCAUGCCUGGUAUCAUGGACGUAUUCCACGACAGGUGUCUGAAAGCCUUGUUCAGAGAGAUGGAGAUUUCUUGAUCAGGGACUCUCUCUCAAGCCCUGGGAAUUUUGUCCUUACCUGUCAGUGGAAAAACACCUCUCAGCACUUCAAGAUCAACAAAACCAUCUUGAGGCUCAACGAAGCCUACUGCCGUGUUCAGUACCAAUUUGAGGACGAAAGUUUCGACAGCAUCCCUGGACUGGUCCGGUGCUAUGUGGGGAACCGCCGGCCAAUCUCAAAGCAGAGCGGAGCAAUUAUAUUUCAGCCCAUCAACAGGACUGUCCCAUUGAGGUGUCUGGAAGAAAAAUAUGGCACUUCCCCAGCCCUGCAAAGGGAGGGCAGCAUUCCGGAAGGAAAAGUGGAAACUCCAAAAAGACUGAGCCUUAAUAUGUGCACUCGCCAGGCCAGAGAGCAGAAUUCAGUCCGAGGAAACCUUUUAAGAAACAAGGAAAAAAGUGGUAGCCAUCCAGCCUGCUUGGACCAUGUUCAGGAGAAGAGAUUCCCCCUGAAGGCUCACCAGUCGGAAAGCUACCUGCCAAUCAGUUCAAGGUACCCAUCUCAGGGAACUGAAGUUGAAACCAGCCCUUGUCCAAAGUCGCCAGCGUUCAGGACAGGCAGUGAGCCCGCACUGAGCCCUCAGAUGUUCCGGAGAGCCGCCUCUGAGUUGCAGCUCAUCGAUGCUCUCAGGGGUUCUGACAGCCAGCUGUACCCCAGGCCUCCACCCAAGCCCAGCAAAGUCCCCUUUCUGAGGCCACCGCACGGUUCGGAGGCACUGUAUUGUGAAUUGAACGCAGCGUUUCCCACAGACUGCGGGGUGACAAAGCAACCUUUAUGCCAGAAGGACAGCUUUGUAGAGCAUCUGGCAACGAGGGAGAAUGGGACACAUUCAUCCAGGCAUUCCAAAAGGAGCUACUUGAUCCUGGGUGACAAUGAUUCUUUGCUGAGCGCUGCGGACCCACUCGCGGCCCAGAUGGAGAUGUGCAAAGAGAGCGGCGUCUUUGUUGCGCCUGUUCUUGAGAUGUUCUCCAGUUUCAGGCCUAAUGAUUUCGAGUCCAAGCUCCUUCCUUUGGAAAACAAACCCUUGGAGACAGCGAUGCUGAAAAGGGUGAAGGAGCUGUUCACAAACAACAGUGCAAAGAGAAUCGCUCUGCAUAUGCUUAAAAUGGACUGCAAGGUUGCUAGGAUACUGGAGGUCUCCGAAGAGACGAGGAGAAUCAUGGGAGUGAAUUCAGGCCUGGAACUUAUUACGUUGCCGUAUGGACACCAACUGCGCCUCGACAUAAUUGAAAGACACAACACCAUGGCAAUAGGGAUAGCAGUUGAUAUUCUCGGCUGCACAGGAAACUUAGAAGAACGAGUUGCAACGUUAAACAGGAUCAUCCAGGUUGCUGUGGAACUCAAAGACUCCAUGGGGGAUCUGUAUGCAUUUUCAGCUAUAAUGAAAGCUCUGGAAAUGCCUCAGGUCACAAGGCUGGAGCAAACGUGGACCGCUCUGAGGCACUGCUACACACAAACAGCCAUUAUAUAUGAGAAGCAGCUAAAGCCGUUCAGCAAAGCCUUGCAUGAAGGAAGAGAGGCAACCUGCGUUCCACAAAAUGUGGUCACUGUCCCCCUGCUGAUGCCUCUUAUUACGCUUCUGGAGCGCCAAGCUGUCGUGUUUGAUGGAAUGGAUGUGUGGGAGAACACGGACCAAAGCUGCGAAAUAAUGCUGAAACACUUGGCGACUGCUCGCUUGAUAGCGCAGAAUGCUGACCUGUACAGCGCAAAUGCGGAAAGGAUGUUAGCAGGUUUUCGGCCAGAUGAUGAGAUGAAUGAGAUCUUCAAAACAGAAUUUCAGAUGAGAUUGCUCUGGGGCAGCAAAGGAGCACAAGUUAACCAAAGUGAAAGAUACGAGAAAUUCAACCAGAUCUUAACUGCACUCUCCCGAAAAUUAGAACCCCCUUUAGCAAAGCAUAUUGAGCAGUGAAAUGCUCAAUGGACACUCAACUAUAGUUGGUUCAAAGAAAACACACUGUAAAACAGGCCUGCAUCAAAUGUUUGCCUUUCCCUAUCCCCUCAGAGACGCG